CGAAGCUACUCCAACGCACUUUAAUCAUCGUCUUCCCUGAUACGCAAAAUCAAAUAAAACCCAGAAACACAAGAAAUUAAGACACACUGAUUUCGAGCUUUAUACUAUGGCCACCGAUUUCAAAUCAAUCCCUGUUAUUGAACACUAGAAGCCUCAAUUGGUUGAUCACGUGCAGAAGUCUUGAGGAGAGAAGCCUUGCUGCUUGCUGAACAAAGACUGAUGGAUAACCAAUAUACUCAACAGAUAUAAGCCAUCUGGUUGCGAAAUCAGAUGACGAAAAGAUGGCGGAGGAUGAAGGUGUAUGCGAAGUGGUUAGACAAUUGGAUAAAGCUUGCAAAGGAGCAGGGUUUUUCUAUGUGAAAGGUCAUGGCAUUCCAAACUCCCUUUUAAAGGAGGUCCGAGAUAUUACACGCAAGUUUUUCGAACUGCCACUUGAAGAAAAACUCAAGAUCAAACUCUCUGCAGAGACUGGAUACAGAGGAUAUCAAGAAGUUGGUGACAACGUAACCAAGGGUGCGCCUGAUUUGCAUGAAGCUAUUGAUUGUUACACAGAAUUGAAACAAGGAAUGUAUGGAGAUAUUGGUAAACCAAUGAUAGGACCUAACUUAUGGCCAUCUAAUCCUGAGAACUUCAAAGUUGUGAUCGAGCAGUAUAUUGACCUCUGUAAAGAACUCUCGAGAAAGAUAAUGCGAGGCAUUGCUCUAGCCUUGGGUGGCUCGCUCAAUGAGUUUGAGGGAAAUAUUGCGGGGGACCCAUUUUGGGUCAUGCGUUUGAUUGGUUAUCCUGUGAUCUCUAAAGAAAAUCAUCACAGCGAAUCAGAAAAUGGCAUUGGAUGUGGAGCCCACACGGAUUAUGGUCUUUUGACACUUGUUAAUCAAGACGAGAGUAUAACUGCCUUGCAGGUCCAAAACCAUUCAGGAGAGUGGAUUUGGGCACCUCCGAUUCCUGGCACAUUUGUUUGUAACAUUGGCGACAUGUUAAAGAUUUUGUCCAACGGGUUGUAUGAAUCCACUGUCCAUCGAGUUAUCAACAAGAAUCCAAAAUAUCGAAUAUGUGUAGCUUACUUCUAUGAGCCAAACUAUGAUGCAGCAAUUGAACCAUUGGAAAUCUGCGUGCAGAGAACUGGUGGAGUAAAGAAACUUGGUCAAGCUGUGUAUGGAAAACAUCUAAUUAGUAAAGUGACAACUAAUUUUCGUUAUUAACUUUUUUCGAUCUUAGUCCGAAGAAAAAAAGAUAUCCCAUUGAAAAUGACUAGUUGAUUAGCAACAAUAAUGUCAGAGCAUUAAUUCCAAAAAGUUAGAGUCGGCUACUUGAAUUAAUAAUAUCAAUUGGAAUGAUUUUUCAAUUGAUGUAAAGUUGUAUGUUUGCUAUCAUAGAUAAAUUGAAAAGCAACCUCUUUGCGUGUUUGCUAUGGAAUUGGUUAGAAAUAAAGUGAAUACUUUACGAAGUUAACUUUUAUGUGUGUUGAUACAAUUUUACUUUUAUGCUUUACUAGAAAAUUAAUAAUCAGAUUUCUGUACUGUUAUUGUUAAGUGGAGUAUUAUUUUGCUGAGUAUACUAUUCUAGGUUAUUGUUUGCGGGUCGGUGCUGAGCUUUUAAAGAUCAGGGGCGAAAUAAAUUUUAUAGGCCCCUUAUUAUAUCGACAUAAAAAAUUAUAUGUAUAAUAAAAUAAUUAAAAAAGUGUAUGUAUUAAUAUAUAAUAUAAAAUCAAAUAAAAAUAUUGCGACGAGCAUUUUUCGAUGUAAAAUCACUAAUAAUAGUGUCUAAAUCAAGAGAUUAAAUCAAUUUUUUCUCAAUACAUAACAUUGAAAGACCAUUUAAAUGUUCUUGUGAAAUUGAAGAUCUUAAGCAACUUUUUAGU